AUGUCGAUUGAACCAUACGCAAAGACGAUGGCAGAGGGCCUCGCGUUUCUCCUCUGGGUCGUGAGGAUCGACGCCAACGAUAUCGAGUUUGUCCUUGCCCGCCCUCGCCCGUCAAACUCGGAAUCCAGCAAGUUUGAAGCAAAUAUUCUAGGACCUCAUUCCAUGUGGAUUAUAGACUUUGACUGCUGCAAUCCGUUGCCCAUGGAUGAGGAAGGCUUAGAGAUUGCCGCUCGGUGUUUCUGGAGGAACGAUCCCUUCUACCCACGGCCUGAGAGUUCCAAUGCCGCCGAUGAGAGGCUUUGGGGGAUCUUUCAGGAGCAGUUCCUAAGAGUUAGUGAGCGGAUGCUUGAAGAUGAGUCGCCAUGUGUGAGGGAGCUCCCAGUGCGUUUGAUGGACAAGAUUAUCGAAACCAGAAGCAAGCUCGACUAA